AGGCGUUUCAUUUCAUUUGUGUCUGUGGUCAGUAAAUUGAGUGGAUCCGUUCCCAGUUCUCCCUGUGUAGCUACUGUACCUUUCACCCGCCAGCGUUGAAGCUCCUCUGCUCUCCGACUCUCCGUCUGCGAUGCUGCGUUUCUCCUUGCUCUCUUGUUUAACGCUGUCGAUUCUCAUUCACCGGCCCGUCCAUGGAUACUUCUCCGAGGAGCACUGGAGUCCGGAAUCUCCGCUGCUCGCUCCGCGGGUGCUCAUCGCUAUGAUCUGCCGCAACUCGGCGCACUCAUUACCGCAUUUCCUGGGUACUAUCGAUCGUUUGAAUUAUCCGAAGGACCGUAUUGCUCUCUGGGUGGCGACAGACCAUAAUGUAGACAACACAACCGUGAUCCUGCGAGAUUGGCUAAUCCAGGUACAGAAUCUCUAUCAUUAUGUGGAGUGGAGACCUCUGGAGGAGUCCAGCAGGGGUUUUGGGGACGAGACGGGGCCGAAGCAGUGGACGAGCCAGCGCUACGAGCACGUGAUGAAGCUGCGGCAGGCGGCCCUGGAGACGGCCCGCGAAAUGUGGAGCGACUAUUACCUGCUGGUGGACUGUGACAACCUGCUGACCCAUCAGGACGUACUGUGGAAGCUCAUCAGGGAGAAUAAGACCAUAGUGGCUCCUAUGCUGGAAUCCAGAGCAGCCUAUUCUAACUUCUGGUGCGGGAUGACCUUGCAGGGCUACUACAAGCGGACGCCGGCUUACCUGCCAAUCAGGAAGCGUGAGAGGCAGGGCUGCUUUGGCGUUCCCAUGGUGCACUCCACCUUCCUGAUCGACCUGCGCAAGGCGGCGUCCCGCCAGCUGGCCUUCCACCCGCCCCACCCCGACUACAACUGGGCCUUCGACGACAUCAUCAUCUUCGCCUUCUCCGCCCGCAUGGCAGAGGUGCAGAUGUUCCUGUGCAACAGAGAGAAUUAUGGGUACUUUCCCGUCCCCCUGCGGUCCCACAGCUCUCUGCGGGACGAGUCCGACAGCUUCCUUCACACCGUGCUGGAGGUCAUGGUGCGAUCUCCCCCUCUGGAGCCCACCAGCCACAUUUCUGUCCACCCCAAACAGCCUGACAAGAUGGGCUUUGAUGAGGUGUUCAUGAUUAACCUGCUGAGGCGCGCGGACCGGAGGGAGCGAAUGCUGCGCAGCCUUUACGAGCAGGAGAUCGCCUGCAAGGUCAUCACGGCCGUGGACGGCAGUGCGCUGAAUAUGAGUCUGAUUCAGGCCAUGGGGAUCGAGAUGCUUCCAGGGUAUAGUGACCCCUACCACGGUCGGCCGAUCACCAAGGGAGAGAUGGGCUGCUUCCUCUCCCACUAUAACAUCUGGAAGGAGAUUGUGGAGCGAGGCCUCAAGACCUCCCUGGUGAUUGAGGAUGACCUUCGCUUCGAGGUCUUCUUCAAGCGUCGCCUUCAGAACCUGAUGCACGAGGUGGAGAGCCAAGGCUUGGACUGGGAUCUUAUAUAUGUUGGAAGGAAGCGCAUGCAGGUGGAUCACCCCGAGAGGUCUGUGCCCAAUAUCCACAGCCUCGUGGAGGCCGACUACUCCUAUUGGACGCUGGGCUACAUGAUGUCACUGCAAGGCGCCAGGAAGCUUCUGGAGGCGGAGCCUCUGAGGAGGAUGCUGCCGGUGGACGAGUUCCUUCCCGUCAUGUACAACAAGCAUCCAAUCUCUGAGUACAUGGAGCCGUUCGAGCGGCGGGACCUGAAGGCCUUCUCGGCGGAGCCCCUGCUGGUGUACCCCACCCACUACACGGGCGACGAGGGCUACGUCAGCGACACGGAGACGUCCACGGUGUGGGACAACGAGGAGGCGCGCACGGACUGGGACCGCGCCCGCUCGCGGAAGACCCAGGAGCAGGAGGAGCUGAGCUCCGACGCCCAGAACAGCGACGUGCUCCAGUCCGCCCUCGACAGCACCGCGCGCGACGAGCUAUGAGGGAG